AUGUCUACGCAAAGAGCAGUAGUUCACGUCUCUCCAGGCGUAUCUGAACUGCGCAAUGACGUCCCUAUUCCUAAGCUUCCGGCUGAGAACUGGCUGCUUGUCAAGACCAAGGCUGUAGCACUAAACCCAACGGAUUGGAAGAACAUCGAUAGGGCUGCGGCGCCGGGUGCUAUUGCUGGAUGCGAUUAUGCUGGUGAAGUUGAGGAAGUUGGCAAGGAUGUAACACACUACAAGGUUGGAGACCGCAUUGCUGGAUUCGUUCGCGGAGGCGACCCAGCAGACCACACCAACGGCGCCUUUGCCGAGCACGUCAAAGCCAAGAACGGAAUCAAUCUCAAGAUCCCGUCCAACAUGUCAUUCGAAGAUGCCGCCACUCUAGGCGUCGGCAUCACAACCGUAGCCCAAGGCCUCUACCAAGAACUCGGCCUACCCUUCCCACCCGCAAAGGUCCAAUCACCAACACCCGUCCUCAUCUACGGCGGCUCCACCGCAACAGGCACCCUCGCCAUCCAAUACGCAAAGCACACAGGCUGCGAAGUCAUCGCGACAUCCUCACCGCACAACUUCGAUCUCCUCCGCAAACUAGGCGCCGAUCAAGUCUUCAACUACAAAGACGCUGAUGUGGGCGCUAAGAUCCGCGAGGCGACUAACGACAAGCUCAAACUGGCUUUCGACUGUAUCGCCGAAGGAAACUCAUUCGACAUCACAGCUGCGGCUAUUAGCUCCACGGGUGGUCACAUGUCUGCGCUCCUGCCCGUGAACAACUACCCGAGGAGCGAUGUGAAGACCAAGUUCACUUUCGCCUACACGGCUCUGGGUGAAGCGUACAGUGAGAAGGUUGGCGCUAGUCAAGAGGACUACGAGUUUGGCGCUAGGUUCUGGAAGCAGGCUGAGGAGUGGUUUGGCCAAGGCAAGCUGAAGACGCAUCCAAUUGAGGUGAGGAGUGGGUUGGAGGGUGUGCCGCAGGGGUUGCAGGAUUUGAAGGAUGGGAAGGUUUCGGGUGUUAAGCUUGUUUACAAGGUUGAUUAG